AUCUGUCAAACGGCCCUGGCACUGCAGUUUCUUGUUCGGCGACAUUUCUGUUGCUGGUUCGUGAUCCGAGUCCCGGAAAAUAAAUUGUGCGUAGAUUCAGUUUCCGUCGCGAAAAAUCCGCCCAGCACAAACCGCAGCCUACAAAAUGGCUCUGCCAUUCAACGCCAAAGCCCUCACCAAUCGGGUGUUGCUGAACAAAUGUUGCACCAUUUGGCGGCCUUACGUCAGCACCAGUGGAAGCAACUCGAUUGAAGGGGGCCGUGCCAGUAAUCCGGACGGGCCAACCUUCAAUGUGCCGUCGAAGGAAAUCGUCACUCCGAUGCCACCACUUUCAGAGGCCAUUCCGGAUCUUCCCCCGGUCCAAUAUGCGCGACCAGGGGAACAAGGAAAUAACACCCAAGUGACAAGACUUUCCAAUGGAUUGCGGGUCGCGUCGGAGAAUCGGUUUGGCCAGUUCUGCACCGUCGGUGUGGUAAUCGAUUCCGGUCCGCGCUACGAGAUGGCCUACCCUAGCGGAGUGUCUCACUUUCUGGAGAAGUUGGCCUUCCAGUCGACGCAAUCUUUCGGCGAGAAGGAUGUCAUCUUUAAGGAGCUGGAGAAGCACGGGGGGAUAUGCGAUUGCCAGAGCUCGCGGGACACGUUCGUGUAUGCGGCCAGUGCCGAUAGCCGGGGGCUGGAGUCGGUUUCGCGGAUAUUGGCCGAUGUCGUGCUGAGACCAAAAUUGGCCGUUGAAGAAGUGGACAUGGCACGGCAAGCGGUAAAAUUUGAGCUGGAAACGCUGGGAAUGCGCCCGGAGCAGGAACCCAUUCUGAUGGACAUGAUCCACGCGGCAGCAUUCAGAGACAACACCCUGGGACUGCCGAAGCUUUGCCCGCUGGAGAAUGCGGACAAAAUCGAUAGGAAUAUGCUGCUCAACUAUCUGCGACAUCACCACAGCCCGGAUCGGAUGGUUCUGGCCGGGGUUGGCGUUCCACACGACGAUUUGGUCCGCUUGGCUGAGAAAUACUUCGUGGAAGGAUCCGCCACUUGGGAGAUGGAGAAGGUGGCUGCCAAAGAACCGAGCGGAGUUGACACUUCCAUCGCUCAGUAUACCGGAGGUUCCAAGCUGGAAGAGUGUCCCAUUCCGGUGUAUGCGGCGGUUGGGCUGCCGGAGUUGGCCCAUGUUGUCAUUGGACUUAAGGGAUGCUCCCAUCAGGACAAAGAUUUCAUUGCUGCUUGCGUGUUGAACAUCAUGAUGGGCGGAGGAGGUUCCUUCUCGGCCGGAGGUCCUGGAAAGGGCAUGUACACUCGGCUCUAUACGAACGUUUUGAACCGUUACCAUUGGAUGUACAGCGCCACAGCCUACAACCACGCUUACGGUGAUUCCGGUUUGUUCUGCAUCCAUGCCACUGCCCCUCCAACGCACAUUAGAAGCCUCGUUGAGGUCAUUACCCGAGAGCUGUACACGAUGCAAGCCCGUCCGGGCGAUCAGGAACUGCGACGCGCCAAAACUCAACUGCAGAGCAUGUUGCUGAUGAACCUGGAGGCCCGGCCAGUUGUCUUCGAGGACAUCGGGCGACAGGUUCUGGCCACCGGUGAACGCAGGCGACCGGACCAUUUCAUUCAGGAAAUUGAGAAAAUAACCGCCGAAGAUGUUCAGAACGUGGCCCGGAGGUUCCUUUCGUCGCCUCCGUCUUUGGCCGCCCGCGGCGAGAUCAAGGGCAUUCCCGACGUGAAGGACAUCCAGACGGCUUUGGGAGGCGAAGGACGGCUGCCCGGCAAUCGGCGGUUGUCGCUGUUUAGGUAAGACAAAGGCAAAACGAAAAAAAAAAUCGGAGACAUUUACCCAUUCGGACGAUGAGACGGAAGGCGGUCUUCUCAGCGUGAGUCAAGUGAAACCGAAACUGUGAGUACUACUCUAUAGGAUGUUAGUUGUGUAAUUAUGAUUGUGCUUUAUUCGCCCGCGGGAACUGAUAACAAGUUAUUUUAAAAUAUAUCAAAUCUUAAAGGAA